AUGGUAUUGGACAACAGAUUCUGUUGGCCCACCAUCUUCAGGGACGCAACCAGAUUCUCUGAGAGCUGUUUGGACCAUAGUACCAUUGUUCUAGAAGUAUGGGGUGACACACUGAAUUGCUACACCAUAUCAUCGCAGACUAAUAGGCAAGCUAAGGUAUUUAACAGAGAAGUCAAGCAUCUGUUGCAAAAGUUGAUUCAUCCUAACAGGAAAGACUGGAGUAAGUUGUUGGAUGACACUUUUUGGGCUCAGAGAAUAGCUUACCGGACACCACUAGGCAUGUCUCCAUUUCGUGUGGUGUUUGGUAAAGCAUGCCACCUUCCACUGGAAAUUGAGCAUAGAUCAUACUGGGCAGUGAAGAGUUGUAACAUGACACUUAAGCAGGCAAAAAAAGAAAGGAAGCUUUCAUUUCAGGAGCUUGAUAAGUUAUGCUUGCAAGCCUAUGAGAACUCUAGGAUGUAUAAAGAAAAAGUAAGAAAAUUCCAUGAUACAAAAAUUCUGAGGAAAGAGUUUUUUGUGAGACAGAAAGUGUUAUUGUUUAACUCUCGUUUGAAACUGAUUGCAGUUGAAAUUAAGGAUGAAGCCAUGGGCAGAGUUUUUAAAGUUAGUAGUCACAAGCUAAAACUAUUCCAGGAAAGCAAACCUAUAGAGAAGGCUCAGAACAUAGAUGAUGUAUCUUUAGUGGAGCCUAUUCUGAUGGAGGAAGUAUUUACAUAG